AUGAUGGUGGCUGACAGAAUAGAACACUCAUCUUGGUUCAACACACGAUUAAUUGAAUGUGGUUUAUAUUUAACAACAGAAGAUUAUUAUUAUUCAGGUAAUCGUCCGAAUAUUUGGUUUUUAUGUGGAACAGAGCGAGAUAUUAUUAUUGAUACUGGUCUUGGCGUUUGUAAUUUGAAGAAACAUUUGGAAAAAUUGGGAUUUUUGAAGAAUAAUCGUGAAUGUAUUGUUGUUUGUACACAUGCACAUUUUGUUCAUAGUGGUGGUGCACAUCAUUUUGACAACGUACUUAUUCAUCAAGGAGAUUAUGAUGGUUUGAGUAAAGGUGAAAAAUCAGCAACACUAAAUUGA